AUGCAACGCUUCUUCAACUUUCACUUCCCCUACAGUCUCAAAUCCACGGUCACAGGCAAGCUGCAUAUCAACUGCGAAGACUCUCACACCGACCCAGUCACCAUCCCCAGCCAACGCAUCGAUACCUCCAACGGAUCCACCAUGGAAGACAUCCGUCAACAGCCAAACUCGAAUGAUGACCUCUCCUUUGACGCGGACGUCCCGAUGGCAAUGCCUACUCCCGUUACGCCCGCGCCCGCAGCCGCUGAGAGCCCGGCCGAAACCUCACCUUCUAUAUCGCGAGCAUCUGCACCCUCUCCAGCUCCUACCGAGAUCGUUUUUUACGAGCUCUCGACGAGCGAGAUCCAUGAAGAUAUUCAGUCACGUGGCAUCAAAAUCCGCGACUACGCGUAUGAUCCUGCGCCAGAUGAAACACGCGCUCCCGAGGUGUUUGACCCCCUGAUUGCGUGGAACAUUUACGAAGACACGCUCAAGCACAACUCAAACGCCAGUCGGACUUCCAUCUCGGGCAAGAAUGUUCGCCGCCUACUCGACCUUCAUUGGGUCCCCGAGGCUGACAAGCAACGAUGGUUACCCCAAGACUACCAGGCGCUCGAAGCGCACGACAGCCGUCCGCAUUAUCCCUGGAUAGCAUAUAACAUUCCCCAGCCGACUGCAGAGACGCUCGCACUUACGGCACGGCAACGCUUUUUGGAGAUCAAUCGGGACCAGCUCGGCCCCCAGACCAUGCGUCUAACUCGGCACAAUCCACGACCCGCCUACAACGCUCGUGCGCAGGAGAAGAAACGGGAAGCAGAAGAGUCAAAUGCGGGAGAGAACGCAGAGACGGCGCCAAAGAGACGGAGACUAGAAAACGGGUCUACUAGCCCUUGUGGCCGUUCUACCACUCCACCCCCAGCUUCAUCGCCUGCUUCGCAGUUCGAACGUGCUCGGACCCCCUCCAUGAUGCCCUCGAUUCCGGAGGAGCAUCGUUCGCCACUUGGGUUCGUCAACGGGCUGCCGCCGAAGCAAUACCCCGCGGGCAAGCCCUCCGACUAUCCUCACGCCUCCUCCUCCCAGAACACCCACACGCCCACCCAUGCCUGCAUUUCCUCCCCGCCCUCUCCCUCGCGGCCUUCAAACCAAAAACGAUCUCUGAGACGGACCGAGAGUUCCAUCAACGUGUGCAAUGGCGGUCCCGUCUCCCGAAGACGCUCGCUUGAUCGGUCGGACUCGUCACAGCUCAUCCACGCCGCCUCAUCAUAG